AGAUCCAGCCACCACCUGCUGGACGCUCAGAGCUGCGGUGCGGCUGAAGAGACAUUGAUAUUUCGUCAAACAGAUGGGUUAAGGUCAGUCGGCAGGAAAACGUCCACGUGUCGGUCAGAUUAGAAUCGGGCCGACAGAGCGUCCCGUUCCCGGCGAGCAGCGUCCGUCUCAGUGAUUUGAAGGGGGAUGAGUGCUGACACAUCCACGCAGUCAGCGAAGGAGGCCAGCUGAGGAGCGGCAGGGUGAUGCGGCUCUGGGACGGGGGCACUUGGUUUCUGCUCUGAAAGUUCACGGCUGGACACCGGGACCACAUUGGUGGAUAAUAUGUCUCUGCUGAAACAGCGUGGGAGAGAGCUUGAGCGCUUCGACGGACUGUCGCUCAUUUACUGGACACUAAUGGGUCCAUACGGAGUAGAUCGAGCUGUUCAUUCCAUGGAAUUUACAGACUGUGAGAAUGGCCUGGGAAUUAAAGUGAUUGGUGGAGUGAAGGAGCAAACUGGAGAGGAGUUUGGAGUCUACGUCAAACGGAUUUUACCAGGUGGCCUUGCUUCAAGUGAUGGAAACCUGAUGCCAGGGGACCAGAUCUUGGAGGUUAACGGGGACAGUCUAGUAGGAGUCACAAGUGAAAGAGCUGUGGACGUCUUGAGAGCAGCUUCGGCAACCAAUCACAUGCGCCUUCUCAUAGCCAGAGAUGAAGAAGCAAAGAGAGAAUUUGCUGAGUUGCUGGAGAAGUAUGGGUCUAAUGGUAGUACAGGAUCAACACGCAACUCUCCCAUCCAGCAAGCUGGGUCCACUAAAGGAAAACCAGCCGAUUCUGCUGAUCCUUCAGAAGAACUAAUCCACGCAACAUCCUUCAAAAAGAAUCAAUUCACACAAGGAGGCCGCUACCUGGAUAGUACAUCAUCUGGUUCCUCGUCUCGCUCCCAGAGUCCUUUGUUGUUGAGCCCAGCAGGCUCACAGAACAUGUACAACAACAGUGGGCCCAUGCUUCGCUCUCUCAGUCAUCCAGGGGAAGGAGUGAUUCAGCUCAUUUCAGUGGCGCGGUCUAGCAGUUUGGGCAUCAUCCUGGGAGGAGGCUCCAACAGGCCAGACGGCCCCGCGGUCUUCAUCCAGGAGGUGCUAUCUGGAGGAGACUGUCAUCGGGAUGGACGUCUGAGGCCUGGAGAUCAGCUCAUUGCCAUCAACAAGGAGUCCUUGAUAGGUGUGACCCACGAGGAGGCCAAAAGCAUGCUGAACAAAGUCAAAUUCAGCCAAGACAGUGUGGUGGAGAUAGCCUUCAUCCCAGGGAAAGGACUUUUUCCAAGCAGCGCAUCUCUCCACAAUGGGGUACAGCGAGCUACUGGCAUCAACUCCAACUCUGGACGCUUAAAAGUCCACAUCAGAUCACCUGAGAUGUGUACAGAGGAGCCAGCCCCCGUGUCCUCACCUUCUCCUGACAUCUGCCCGCCAGAUAUUCAUAUUUCAGAUUCAGCCAGCCAGAUGUUACCAACAGGGGCCAAACCUAAGAUUACACUGGACCCCUACAUACGCCUCAAAUCAGACAAGUUAGACUUGGCUUUGUCCUUCCUUGGGUUGGAUGUCACAGAAGAGAAGAGGAAGAAGUUAAGACAGAGUCUGACCCCAGACCCACAAGGCACUGUGGCCUAUGGAGACUUCGUGGAGGCCACCCGGAACACCUUCCAGGAGAACCUGGAGGAGUUGGGUUUAGGGGCGGGUCCCUUCAUGUUUUCCUAUCACGAAGCAGCGAGUUUGAUGGACACAUCGGCCUUCCACUCCCCUACAUAUGAGUCAGAAUGCAGCUACAGCAGUGAGGAGAUGGAGCAGUUUCAGACAGAGGUGAAGCAGCUGCAAACCCAGAUGAAACAGCUCAAGGUGAUGCUGAAGGACAUGGAGCACAGCAAGAAAACCCUGGAGGAGGAGCUGCAGAAGACCUCAGAGAAAGCAUGUUUGACUGUGGAGGAGAACACCCGUCUGAAGAGUCGUCUGCAGGCGGCCGAGUCAGGGCAGCGGCAGGCUAGCGGUGCAGAGCAAGACUACGAGGAGGUCAUCCAGCUGCUGGAGGCUGAGAUCAGAGACUUGAAGAACCAGCUGGCCAGCAAGAGGCAAGCACGAGGAGUGGAGGCCACCAAGGUGAGUCUCAAGCAGGACGAGGUGCUGGAGCUAAACCGGAGGCUGACAACCAUCGACUGCCAGUUGAGGAAGUCUGAGCAGAGCAGGAAACACCUGGAGGUCUCCAACAAGAAGCUGCUGGGCUUUGCACAGAACGUCCACAAAGUGCUGACAACACCCAGCCUGUUUGGAGGAGACGGCGGCAACAGAUCGUCUCCAGCCACCGACAGCCCCGACACCCCAUCACCACUUCCUGAUCCCGCCUUCCAACUAGCUGUGGAGGCCAAAGAGCUGGUGGCAGGAGUCUGUACCCUCCCUGCUGAUGAUACAGCAUCCGUGAGUGCACUGGAGGCAGCAUCAGUCCCAGAUGUCAGUCCUCAUCAUAUGUGAGCAACAAAGGCCUUGUUCAGACUGCCAGCCCAAAUCUGUGUUUCAUAUCCAGAUUGAUUUUAGGUCUUAAAUCUGGACCGCAACAAAUCACAUUAAAUGCCAUUUUUGUAAAUCUGAUCCCCGCCACAUUAGGAGGUUCGGAAGUGUCUUUUGGCGGCAGCGUCAUAUCCAGAGUGACGAAGUGCAUCAAAGCGACAGCAGAAUCCUGCUGCGUGCUGUCAAGUUGCUGUGUGAGAGAGGACGACCUCUGCACAGCGACUUGACAGCGUGAUUGUUCGCAGGGCAACAUGAAACAUUUCCCAUACUUCCAUGCUGGAAAGCUGCCUCACCAGUGUAUGUAGAUACUGUGUCGUUACCACAGCAACCCAUGCAGAUAGGCUGGUGAUGUCUGGACACGCACUGAUCACUUUCAAACUACAGUCCUUCUGUUUUAAAGAUCUGAUUUGAGAAACAAAUCUGAUUUGCCUGCAGUCUGAACAAAGCCGAAGAGCCAGAGAGGACUGUGGGAGUACCUGGGCAGGGUGAAGAGGCCGAAAGAGACGCUGAACCCGUGAUGAACCACACCAUAAACCAAGACAGUACGCCAUAAAAUACACCUUCUCAAAAUAACGACAUCGCUUCAAUGAAUUCAAAACCUCAGUUCACGGUGACAGAUUGAACACAGCCAAUGUUUUAAUGCCAAAUCUUGCUCGCACACAUCCAAUUAGUGUCUUCCUUUGAAAUAUUCCAGUCUUUAUGGAGGGUUCAGCAAUGAUGUGUUGGACUUAGUCACAACCUGAGGACUCAUCAUUUGAUGAUAAGUACAGAAGUCUCUGUGAGAAGUGCUCUGCCAAAUAAAGUCUGCUGGAAUCCUCUUUUGUGUUACUCUGACAGCAGGUGGUGUUGGAGGAGCUGCAUGAUCGAGUCCACAACACACACGAUGCUGCAAACUGUGUUAAUACUCCUCCUGGACUCUUUUCUAAACACCCCCACAUAGAUUCACUCCAUGGAUUGCAUGUAAAGGAGGACUUGUUUACUUGGAAAGGAACGGCCAGAGCUGGCCUGUUCAAAGAGUCUUCCUCGUGUCAUAAUAACUUGCUUCCAUCUGCCUCCAUCACUCACCAUCACUUAUUUGCUCUGCCAGAGGUUAUGAACUGGGGGAAAAAAAGCAACAGUGUCCUGUUUUCCAUCUUGCUUAAUGCUCCUUGUGCACUUAUUCAAUAAUUAAAGGCAAAGAAUGAAGUAUUGAGACAAUCUGGACUUGAGCAGUGUUUGUUACCUGCGACUUCAUAUCACUGCAUGGUUCACGUUGAUGUCUCCUGCAUCCAGGAGUGGCUAAAAUGUUGCUGUAGCUCCUGCUGUCUGUACUUGUGUUUGGUAGUCACAGAGUCUAGACAGAUAUCAGUCAUAGGCAACAUGCGGAACAUUCAUUUUAUUUAUACAGACAGCUGCAAAUACUGAUGUCCUGUACUUCAACCAGAUUGCAUCGUUGGUGUGGCCUCAUUUCUUUCUGUUACUGUUUUAUAUUAAAGGAAUAACUGAUGACUGAA